AUGUCUAUUGAAGACCAACUUCGUUCAGGACGCCCCUCAACGUCAAAAACUGAUGAACCCGUCGACAAAAUCAAUGCCCCCAUUCGUGAAGACCAUCGCCGAACCAUUGAUCCACUCUGUGAGAUGUUAGGAAUGUCAUGGAGUUCAAUUCAGAGACUUUUAUCGGAAGAUUUGCACAUGCGAAGGAUUGCAGCCAGAUUCGUCCCGCGCCUUCUCACAGACGAGCAAAAGGAGCGUCGACUUCAGGCAUGUUUUGAGCUUCAAAAUCAGCUCGAAGAGGACCCUGAAUUUUUUCCAAGACGAUUACUGGUGAUGAACCGUGGUGCUAUGGAUACGACCCCGAAACAAAGCAGCAAUCAAGCCAGUGGAAGACAGCUGACUCUCCUCGUCCCAAAAAAGUUCGCCAAGUGA